CUUUUCCUUUUUCUUUUCUUUUAUUCUUAGAUAUGAGUUCAGAGUCGAUAUCAAGGGAAAUACAUGAUGAGGAAGUCGCUAUUCCUAAUGAACCUUAUCACGAUGAACCUUCUUAUUCGGAUGAUGACGAUAAUAACAAUGAUGAUAGCCAACAUAGACCAAGAACAAGAUUACAAUCAAAUAACUCAUAUGAAUCAAGUGUGAUAAGCACGCAAUCAGCUCCACCCCCUUAUGAGCUCUAUCCUCCUGCCAAAACUGUUUGGGGACGCUUUUUCAAUUACAUACGUCAGAUACCUCGCUUUAAUACCCAUCAAGCAAUUUAUUUGCCGACGUUACCCAUUCAACAAAGUCACUCACUAUUACGCCCUAUCACUACGACAACAACCACUGCUACGGCAACCACAGCGAAUGGAGGGGAUGACACCAUUCCUUUUUAUUGGACCUAUUAUUAUAAUGUUAGAGAUAGAAUUCCAAAAUGGACACUUCCACCACUGAUUGCUCGUUAUCGACCUUUGUUACUUUGUGUCUCAUUUUUUGCCAUCAUUCUUUUCAGCUUCCUCUUGUUCUGCUCGCUCUUUUUCUCUCCAGCUCCAUUACCUCCUCCUGUCGUGCCUGAUAAGGUUGCAGAGACGACUGCAAGAUUCUUAACCCUCAACAUAUUUAUGCGUCCACCCUUAAUUCGAAACAACUGGUCAGAUUACAAAGAUGAUCGACUAGCUUAUAUCGAAAAGUAUAUCCUUCCUCAUUAUGACAUCGUUGCCUUUCAAGAGUCAUUUGCAUUUGCAUCAAGAAGGAAAGACAGACUGAUUAUAGAAGCACGGCGGAUGGGCUUCAAUUAUCAUGUUGAAUCCCCUCGUAAAUACCCCUGGGACUUUGGUAUAGACGGUGGUCUCUUACUUCUUUCCAGGUUUCCCAUUCUAGAGUCUCAUACCAUUGAAUACCCAAGAGGACAGCAUGCCGAUUGGUUCUCCGUCAAGGGCGCAGUGCAUGCCUUGAUUGAAUUGAACCCCAAGAGUCGAGUACAUGUAUACACAACACAUACACAAGCCUCCUACGAUCUAAAUAAUAACAUCAACCCAGACGACACAGCCAUGCGUUUGUCUCAAUUUGCUAUCCUGCGUUCCUUUAUUCAGGAAACGUCAAACGCUGAUCAACAUCCUGUUUUAAUUGCUGGCGAUUUAAAUGUGGAUGCAGCCAUUCAUCCCAAACAAAGGCCAAUUACGGUCAGAUCUAAAGAAAGUUCCCCAGAGUAUGUUCAAAUGGUCAAUAUGCUAAAGUUUCAGGAUCUACGGGACAUUGUGUAUCAACACUAUGGUUAUCAUCCCGUGACUUUUGGUGAUUACAUGGCCAAUGACCUUGGCGAGCUUGUACCAGCCGAAACUGUUUUGACGAAUUGGGAUCAACUGAUGACUGUUCAGAGUAUCGAUCGUAUUUUUUGGGCAGCCAGGAACACGACCCAGAUCAUCACUCCUGUCGAGCCACAAGUCGAAAAGUUUUGGGUCAAGAAUAAUCCCGAGAUGAGUAAAGAAGAAAAGACGAGCACAGGUUUUACACAAAUCUCAGACCAUUAUGGCUUAAGCUGUACACUUCGACUUUUAUAAUUCAAUGCUGCUUUUUUUAUUUCUUUUUUACUGUACAAAUAAAAUAUAUAAAUAUAUCAAACAUUUUACAAGUUUUUGUAUUUCUCGAUAUCCUCUGCAUUUCUAAAGUGCCAUUCCCAAAUAGGCUUAGAUCCAGCUUGGUGGUUCACUUUUUUAAUCAAGAUGCCUUGUCCUUCUAAAUUUUGUAAAACUUUCUUCUUCAAGUGUGAUUUUGAAAUCAAGUCUUUUUCAUACUGAGGCACCAGUUUAAAUAAACUUUGGUUGGACAUGGGUCCAUUCUUGGCAAUAAAGUGCUUUACAAGUUUAGCAGCUGAUGUUGACAUGUUUCCUUCUCCAAAGAAAGAAAAAUAUAAAAAAGC